AUGCAUCGUUUGGCGAUUUUGGCUGCUAGAUUACAGGGUUUUCGCUAUGAACUCACAGUGAACCAUCGUCAAAUGUUUGGCGAUUAUGAUCCUGUUAGACCAUUAUCUGACAGUGUUUUUUCUGCUUUGGAAUUGUUAAUGGCUGAUUGUGUACUCGCCACCGAGCCAUCAAUGAAUCCAAUUCUUGUCACGAACAACCUCUUCUCAAUUUAUUGUGGUGCUUUGGCUAGGGGUGUUGUUUUUAAGCAAUUCAACGUUCAAAUUUCAGAAAUGCGUAGACAACGCCUGCUCCAACAACCUUCACCUAUCGCUCAAGUUCCUUCUGCCGCAUUAUUAGCUAUGAAACCAACAAGCGGAACAAAACGGUCAAAUGCUCAAACAAUGAAUGUUAAUACAAUAGAUACAAGUGGAAACACGACAACUGCGCAUAAGAAAAGUGAUAUAAAUAGUAAAGAAGUUGUUACCAUCUAUCCGGCAUUUAAUACCAAAAAUCGUUACUGGGCUGCAAUUUACCCUCAUUUAUUGUGCACAACACGUCAAAAGGGUCGACAUUCGACUAACAAUUCCUACCAGGUUAAUAAAAUUUAUUUAAAAUAUUUUUAUAUUUUAAGGAUUUAUCUCCGAGUGGCGUUGACCCAACAAAGUUGAUAAGCGGGAAAAGGC